GAUUUGAGUUGGAUCCACGUGGAUCCAUUGACCCAGCUCAGUUCAACAGUGACAUCAUUAAGAAUAUAUCUUGUCAGCAACAGGGUAUUCUCGACGGAAAUAGCACCAAACCAAAUGUAGCACAAUAUUCCUCUGCCAUCAAUGGUAAUUCUGCUACAUCCAUUAAACCAGAACAGACCAACAAUGACUUGGAGUUGGAAACUCAACUCAAUGGAAAUGAUCCCAACCCAAAUAUAGCACAAUAUUCCUCUGCCGUCGAUGGUUAUUCUGCUACAUCCAUUGAACCAGAACAGACCAACAAUGACUUUGGGACUCAAUUCAAUGGAAAUAACUCCAACCAAAAUGUAGCACAAUAUUCCUCUGCCAUCAUUGGUAAUACUGCUACAUCCAUUGAACCAGAACAGACCAACAAUGACUUUGGGACUCAACUCAAUGAAAAUAACACCAACCCAAAUAUAGCACAAUAUUCCUCUGCAAUCAAUGGUAAUUCUGCUACAUCCAUUGAUCCAGAACUGACCAACUGUGAUAUGGAAACUCAACUUAAUGGAAAUAACACCAACCAAAAUGUAGCAUUAUAUUCCUCUGCCAUCAAUGGUAAUUCUGCUGCAUCCAUUGAAUCGGAACAAACCAACAAUGACUUGGAGUUGGAAACUCAACUAAAUGCAAAUAUAUAUAACACCAACCCAAAUAUAGCGCAAUAUGCCUCUACCAUCAAUGGUAAUUCUGCUACAUCCAUUGAACCACAACAGACCAACACUGAUAUGGAAACUCAACUCAAUGGAAAUAACACCAACCCAAAUGUAGAAUUUUAUCCCUCUUCCAUCAAUGGUAAUACUGCUACAUUCAUUGAACCAGAACAGACCAACAAUGAGAUGGAAACUCAACUCAAUAGAAAUAACAACAACCCAAAUGUAGCAUUAUAUUCCUUUGCCACCAUUGGUAAUUCUGCUACAUCCAUUGAACCAGAACAGACGAACACUGAUAUGGAAACUCAACUCAAUGAAAAUAACACAAACCCAAAUGUAGCACAAUAUUUCUCUGCCAUCAAUGGUAAUACUGCUACAUCCAUUGAACCAGAACAGACCAACAAUGAGAUGGAAACUCAACUCAAUGGAAAUAACACCAACCCAAAUGUAGCAUUAUAUUCCUCUGCCAUCAUUGGUAAUUCUACUACAUCCAUUGAACCAGAACAGACGAACACUGAUAUGGAAACUCAACUCAAUGAAAAUAACACAAACCCAAAUGUAGCACAAUAUUUCUCUGCCAUCAAUGGUAAUACUGCUACAUCCAUUGAACCAGAGCAGACCAACACUGAUAUGGAAACUCAACUCAAUGAAAAUAACACAAACCCAAAUGUAGCACAAUAUUCCUCUGCCAUCAAUGGUAAUACUGCUACAUCCAUUGAACCAGAACAGACCAACAAUGAGAUGGAAACUCAACUCAAUGGAAAUAACACAAACCCAAAUGUAGCACAAUAUUCCUCUGCCAUCAAUGGUAAUACUGCUACAUCCAUUGAACCAGAACAGACCAACAAUGAGAUGGAAACUCAACUCAAUGGAAAUAACACCAACCCAAAUGUAGCAUUAUAUUCCUCUGCCAUCAUUGGUAAUUCUACUACAUCCAUUGAACCAGAACAGACCAACACUGAUAUGGAAACUCAACUCAAUGAAAAUAACACAAACCCAAAUGUAGCACAAUAUUCCUCUGCCAUCAAUGGUAAUACUGCUACAUCCAUUGAACCAGAACAGACCAACAAUGAGAUGGAAACUCAACUCAAUGGAAAUGGCACCAACCCAAAUGUAGCACAAUAUUCCUCUGCCAUCAAUGGUAAUUCUGCUACAUCCAUUGAACCAGAACAGACCAACAAUGACUUUGGGACUCAACUCAAUGGAAAUAACUCCAACCCAAAUAUAGCACAAUAUUCAUCUGUCACAUCAACACUAAGGAAACGAAAGGCCGUGAAAGAUGUUACAAUGAACACAG